AUGUCAAUACCACAGCCUCCAGACGAUCCCGAAACAAGAAAUAUCAUCGAGAAACUUGCUAGUUUUGUCGCUCGCAAUGGUCCAGAAUUUGAAGUAGCAACAAGACAAAAACAAGAAAACAAUCCAAAAUUUGCUUUUCUCCGAGGCGGUGAAUAUCAACAUUAUUACCAGUUUCGUGUACAAGCGGAAAAAACUUUGCUUCAACAACCACCAAAUCCUUUUCAUUUGCCACCACCAAAUAUGCCUCCUGCACCAACAUCAAUGUCUCAUCAUUCUUCUCGUCCGACAUUGCCACCAUUUCCUGGCCCUCCUCCUCCACCAGGAUCAAAUGGUCCACUUCCUCCUUGGACGCAACCUCCACCGCCACAUAUAUUUUCAUCAGGACCCCCUCCAAUGCCUAUUCCACCAAUACCACCACCACCUGCAGUUGUUAUUGAACAAGCUUUUCAACAACAAAUGCAAGCAUUACAAGAACGCUUAAGACAAAGUGAAAUAAAUCUUGCUGCACAACGUGAUUCGAUGCAAAUAAAUAAAAAAACCAAGGUGCAAGAGAAUAUUCGAGCUGCUCGACAAGCACGUAUAACAGCACAAGCAACUGAAUCGAAUAUUAAUAUUAAUGAACUUGAUCAAGCAACAUUAUCUAUAAUUGAAGCCUGUACCAAAGAUAAUAUUACAACUGGUCGUAAUUGUAUACUUAAUUAUAGUCAAACUACUUUGCAAGCUGAAACCAUUUGUUUAUAUUUAAUUGAUCGUAGCUUAGCACCUGAAGCAACAUUUGAUGCUCGUCUUCAUUUAAUUUAUUUAAUGAAUGAUAUUCUUCAUAAUUGUAUUCGUAAAGGCAACGAUGAAAUUCGUAUGCAAAUGAGCAAAAUUAUUGUUCCAAUUUAUUGUUUAGCUGUCGAUCAAGCAAAUGAUGAACGUAAACAAAAACUGGUCAAGCUACUCGAUCUUUGGGUAAAAAACAAUUAUUUCAAUAAUGACAUUAUGGAGAAACUUCGUGAUAUUUCACAAGCAAAGAAUCAUUUCGAGGAUGCUAUUCGUACAGAGUAUGCUCCCAUUAUUGAAACAAUUGAAGCUGGCUUCGAUGAAAAAUAUGCUCAACUUGAAAGACAACAUGCAGAAUUUGCUGUUCAUAUUCAAACACAAAUCAAUCAAAUUCAGCAACAAAUUGUUCAAUUACAUCAAGUUCAACAGCAAACGCCACCACCAUUACCUCUACCACCACCUCCUCAUUUACUAAAUAAUACUUUCGGUCCAACACUUCCACCAAAUAUGUUAACUCGAAUGCCACCUCCAUCCCAAACAAAUAAUCCUAAUGCGCAACAACCACCACCUUUAAUGUCACUCAAUCCAUUUAAUGAAAAUGUGAGGGAUAGUGCUAAUCUACGUCCAUCAUCAAAUAUUUAUGAUAAUACUCCUCCAGCAUUAAUGUCAAUGCCUAUUUCUCAUUAUGAUAAUAAUAAUCAACAUGAAGAUUACGCGAAUACCAUGAAUACAACAGUCGAACAAUCGUUCGAUUUAAGUAUGGUUGCUAAUGAUAUACCUUAUUAUGAUUUACCAGCUGGUCUUUUAUGUUUAUUAGUUAAAAAUGAAGAUUGUGAUUAUAAUCCAAUAGAUCCAGUACAUAUGCAUUUACCACCGUCGGCACCAAUAACUGAACGAUUGUUAGCUGCUGUAGAAAAUUUUUAUAUGCCACCUACACAUGAAACACCCAGAAAUGCUGAGGGUUGGGAACGAUUAGGCUUAUUUGAAUACUACAAAACAAAAAAUGCAUAUAAAUUUUCUAAAGAACGUCUGCAACGUCUUGGAACAAAUGUAAAUAAUCAAGAUGAUAAAGAAUAUAUACAUACAGAUAGACGACAACCAUCUGAUAGAAGUCGUUCAAAAAGUUCGUCAAGUUCAUCACGAUCAUCAUCAUCAUCAUCAUCAUCAUCAUCACAUUCGUCUGCAUCAUCCUCAUCGUCAUCAUCAUCGUCAUCUUCAUCGUCAUCAAAAGAGAAAUUAAAUUCAAAUCAAGCAAGAAAACGUUCCAGAUCUCGAUCAGCAUCACCGCCAUAUGAUAAACAACAAUCUAUCAAAACUAUUCUACCAACCAAGUCUCGAUCUCGUAGUACAUCUCCGCCAUCGUUCACAUCAGCAUAUAUACCUCAAAGCUCUAGUUCAACAAGUGAAACACAUCAUCGUUCACAUCAUCAUCAUCAUCAUCAUCACCAUCAUCAACAACAACAUAAAUUAGGAGACUCAAAUCUUGGUCAUAAACUUUUACAAAAAAUGGGUUGGCAAGAAGGUGCAGGUCUUGGUCGUCGUGAACAAGGCAUUGUUGAACCUAUCAUGGCAAGUUCAAGUGUAAAUAAUGAAGGAAAAAAUGAUCAAUAUAAAGGUAUUGGUCAUGAAGAUGACCCAUUUGAACAAUUUCGUCGACAAAAAGCCAAAGGGUAUGUAACUCGUUUAAUUGCUGCACAAGCUGAAACAGCAUCAAGACGGCAUGACAAAUCCGAUGAUGAUACACCAGUAUCAGAUCGCCCAGAUGAAAAGAAAUAA